AUGGACAGAACCUUGGAAUCUCUAAGGCACAUCAUUGCCCAAGCCUUGCCUCACAGAGACCCGGCUUUGGUCUUCAAAGACUUGAAUGUUGUGUCGAUGUUACAGGAAUUUUGGGAAAGUAAGCAGCAGCAGCAGAGAACCACAUUCUCCAGUGAAGGCCUGGUGGUGUAUGAGUCAAUGCCCUCCUCUGGGCCUCCCUUUGUGAGUUAUGUGACUCUUCCUGGAGGGAGCUGCUUUGGCAACUUUCAGUGCUGCUUGAGUAGAGCUGAGGCCAGGCGGGAUGCCGCUAAAGUGGCGCUCAUCAACUCUCUCUUCAACGAGCUGCCCUCCCGAAGGAUCACCAAGGAAUUCAUCAUGGAGAGUGUUCAGGAAGCAGUAGCCUCCACCAGUGGCACUUUAGAUGAUGCAGACGACCCCAGCACGAGUGUCGGAGCCUAUCACUACAUGCUGGAGUCAAACAUGGGGAAGACCAUGCUGGAGUUCCAGGAACUGAUGACCAUUUUCCAACUAUUGCACUGGAAUGGAAGCCUGAAAGCCCUCCGUGAAACAAAGUGCUCUCGACAGGAAGUCAUCUCCUAUUAUUCCCAAUAUUCUUUAGAUGAAAAGAUGCGCAGCCACAUGGCCCUGGACUGGAUCAUGAAGGAGCGCGAGUCCCCAGGAAUUCUCUCUCAAGAGCUACGUGCAGCCCUGGGGCAGCUGGAGGAAGCCAGGAAGUCAGGACAAGAACUACGGUUUUACAAAGAAAAAAAAGAAAUCCUGAGUUUGGCUCUGAUUCAGAUCUAUAGUGACCCUGACCCUUCCUCACCCAGUGAUGACCAGCUGAGCCUCACUGCUCUGUGUGGCUAUCAUUAGCAAGCCCAGGUCUCAGGUUUCCUGGGGACUUUCACAUCAGGAAUCUCGUUGACAGAGGUUGUCAGAGAUUUUAGCAUAAUAGUCACUACCUGAAGGGUACACUACCCAUUCUGUGCACAGAAUCGGAAAGUAGUACUGGUCCAGACCCCAACUUCCUUCUUCAUAUAUGUUUUCAACUAUGCCCUUAGUGGUUCUACUUCAGAAUGAAUGACAACAGAACUGAUUGGAAAGUAUUAUUCAGGGUUGAAUCCAA